UUCCCAUCGUGCCUUUAGAGAUUCGUCUGGUUCUCGUUGCUCUUGUUUCUGUUGUUUCUGUAGAGAGCCAUUUAUCGGUAGAAUUUCGAGAUGGCAUCUGACGGACCGCCGGGGACCGAACCUAUCCCCUCCGACUUGGGGAGCUCUGUGGCGGCCCUCAAUACAUGGACCAACCCAGAGCUUCAAGCCAAGCUAGGCGAGCUAGGCGCACCCAACAUGGGUCCCAGAGAGGAGAUGCUGGACAGGCUCAAGGGAUACAUGAUGCAGACUGGAAUGAUGCUCAGCAAACCCAACCUAGGGAGUGAUGAUAAACCUAUGACCCCGCAGGUCAGCACCAACCGACCCUAUAAGAUGCCAGGAAUCCCCCCCAUGCCCCCGAUGCCCAUGCCCCCCAUGCCUCCUGGUAUGGGUAUGCUCCAGGCGAUGAGCAUGAUGGCAGGUGGCCCCCCUCCACCAGGGAUGCGUAUGGGCAUGGAGCCUCCAGGCAUGCCCCCAAGCCUCUCCCAGGAGGACCAGCUGAAGAUGGUGCAGCAGAGGGCCGCCAUGAUGAUGCAGCACGAGGAGAGGGCCAAGCAGCAGGGGGAGUCCCGUGCUAUGGAAGAGCACAUGAAGGAGCAGGAACUUCUGGAGCAGCAGAAAAGGGCGGCGGUGAUGCUGGAACAUGAGAGGCAGCAGGAGCUGGCUAAGAGGCAGCAUGGAGGACCAGGGCCCAGGAUGUCUGACCCGGGGUCACGACCACCUGGCAUGAUGCCCCCCAUGAUGAGAGGUGUGAACCCUGGUGGAAUGAAUCCACCCCCUCCUGGAAUGAAUCCACCCCCUCCUGGAAUGAAUCCACCCCCUCCUGGAAUGAAUCCUGGUGGAAUGAACCCACCUCCUCAUGGAAUGUCCAUGAUGCAUACCCAGAGACACAGAGUUCCCCCUCCACCUGGAGAGGACGCCAGAGAGGUGUGGCAGGGAGAGGAUGUGGGUGUCGGUCCCAAGAUCCCCCAGGCUCUGGAGAAGAUUCUCCAACUGAAGGAGAUCAGACAGGAGCAGCUCGGCGCCACGCCCACAGAAGAGGAGGAGGAGGAGAGCCCAGAGAUGGAGAUGAACAGCUCCUCCGCUGCCGUCCUGUCUGAGACUGAAGAGGAGGACGGUUCUCUCUCUAAGAAAGACAAAAAUCGUAAGCGCAGGAACCGGAAGAAGAAGAACAAGAAGAGGCGUGAGCAGGAGAAGAGGGAGCAUGCGGAGGAGAAGAAAGAGGAGGAUGGAGAGAAGGAGAAAGAGCCUGAGGUGGAGAUCGAGUAUAUUACAGAGGAACCGGAGAUCUACGAUCCUAACUUCAUCUUCUUCAAGAGGAUCUUUGAGGCCUUCAAGCUGACUGAUGACGUGAAGAAGGAGAAGGAGAAGGAACCGGAGAAGGAGCCAGCUCCUUCUCUAAUGAGGAAGAAGGGAUUUGAGGAGGAAAAGAAGGACAGCGACGACAGUGACGACGAGAUCAGACCAGACGUUCCCAAGAUGUCUAAGAAGAAGCUGAGGAGAAUGAACAGACUAACUGUGGCUGAACUCAAACAGUUGGUGGCGCGUCCUGACGUGGUGGAGAUGCACGACGUGACGGCGCAGGAACCCAAGCUGCUGGUGCACCUGAAGGCCACCAGGAACACGGUGCCCGUCCCACGACACUGGUGCUUCAAGAGGAAGUACCUUCAGGGCAAGAGGGGUAUCGAGAAGCCCCCUUUCGAGCUGCCAGAGUUCAUCAAGAGGACAGGCAUCCAGGAGAUGAGAGAAGCUUUACAGGAGAAGGAGGAUGCCAAGACCAUGAAGACCAAGAUGAGGGAGAAGGUGCGUCCCAAGAUGGGCAAGAUCGACAUCGACUACCAGAAGCUCCACGACGCCUUCUUCAAGUGGCAGAUGAAGCCUAAACUCUCCAUCCACGGUGACCUCUACUACGAGGGGAAAGAGUUUGAGACGAGGCUGAAGGAGAAGAAACCAGGCGACCUGUCAGAUGAGCUGCGUAUUGCUCUGGGCAUGCCCGUUGGACCGAACUCCCACAAGGUUCCCCCUCCCUGGUUGAUCGCCAUGCAGAGAUACGGCCCCCCUCCCUCCUACCCCAACCUCAAGAUCCCCGGGCUCAACUCGCCCAUCCCUGAGAGCUGUUCUUUUGGUUACCAUGCUGGUGGUUGGGGGAAGCCUCCUGUAGAUGAGACAGGAAAGCCUCUGUAUGGUGAUGUGUUCGGGACCAACGCCGUCGACUUCCAGGCUAAGGCGGAGGAGGAGGAGGUGGAUCGCACGCCGUGGGGAGAGCUGGAGCCUUCAGACGAGGAGUCUUCCGAGGAAGAGGAGGAGGACGAGAGUGAUGAGGAGAAGCCAGACGAAACCGGAUUCUUCACACCGGCAGACAGUGGUCUGAUCACUCCCGGAGGCUUCUCAUCGGUACCUGCUGGUAUGGAGACUCCAGAGCUCAUUGAGCUGAGGAAGAAGAAGAUCGAGGAGGCUAUGGACGGGAAUGAGACUCCUCAGCUGUUCACGGUGCUCCCAGAGAGGAGAACCGGCUCUGGAGGAGCAGCCAUGAUGGCAUCCACACACAUCUACGACGUAUCAGGGGCCAUGGCGGGUCGUAAGGCGGGCGGAGGCCAGGAGUUCCAGGGGGUAGAAGUGGCCCUGGCCCCUGAGGAGCUGGAGCUGGACCCCAUGGCCAUGACCCAGAAGUACGAGGAGCACGUCAGGAACCAGGAGGCCCAGGUGGAGAAGGAGGACUUCAGCGACAUGGUGGCCGAGCACGCCGCCAAACAGAAGCAAAAGAAGAGGAAGGCCCAGCCUCAAGACACACGAGGAGGAGCCAAGAAAUACAAAGAGUUCAAGUUUUAGACCAUCAAUAUCACACCAGGAGGAAAUGGGAAGAGAGGACAGGCCGAACAAGACGAGCUCAGAUUUGAACCCACACAAAACCAUCUGUUAUUACAGUUGUCUUUUCCUCUUAAUGAUAAUGAUAAUACGUGUCUGGCAGAACUGGGGUCAGUUCCAUUAAAAUUCCAGUCAAUUUGGAAAAUAAACCAAAUUCCAAUUAUCAUAAUUGAAGAGAAUUUUUGUGUACUUUUGGAAUUGAAAUGGAAUUGAGCCCAACCCGGGUGUUCUGGAGACCCGUUGCCAGGUCUCCACUGUAGGCAGAAUUUAUAUAACCCAUCUAUUUUGUCCUGUGUGACUUCUUCUUUCCAUGUAGCUGUGCUUUUCUCUUUUUGUAAAUAAAAGACUCCAUGUCAAUCCAA